AUGAAGUUCACUCUCGCUGCUGCUUCCUCCUUCAUCGCUGCUGCCCUCGCAGCCAGCCUCCCCGAGUCCUUCACCCUUGUGGCCGACGGCGGCAACACCGUCCUCACUGAUGGCACCCACGCCAUCGUAGACGCGUCCCAGGCCCACACCCAGGAGAUCCUGCGCCUCCAAAGCGGCGGCAACGGCGCCAUCACCUACACCCGCCAGGGCUCCCCACCCACUGCCUGGCAGAACCUCUACGUGAUCAAGGAUAGCGCCGAGCCCAUCGCCCUGACCAUCCCUCACUCCGGUGCUACCCCCGACGGCGCGGAGCUCACCGGCUUCGGUGUCACCGACGACGGCUUCCUCACUUUCAACGGCGAGACCUCCUUCGGUCUGUCCGCUGACAACAAGGAGAUCUACUACCUCGGAAAGGACUCUGAUGUCCCCAAGGUCUCUCUCUGGGUUAAGGAGCUCAAAUAG